UUCUCCCGUGGUAGCCAGAGGGCGGUGGCAUUUCUCUCUCUGCGUAAACGGGGCGAGUGGAGGAGAGCGCGCACGGAGAGAGGGAAGGAGCACGCAGCAGUGCCACUGACACGCGUGGAGGGACUGCGUGUGCUUAUUUCCACCACCUCUCUCUCUUCUUGAAGCCUCACCUGCGCUUUGUCACACGGACUCGUGGACUACAGACGGGGGGUACUGUUUGUGCGCAGUGACUGAUCCCUGUACGAGGUGGCAGAGGGGGGUUCCGAGAUCCAAAACACGGUGGAGCGAGGAGUUUGGUGUUUUCCGCUUUGCGUGUCGUGGUAAAAGUGGACAGAGACGUGGAAUAGAAGUGUUGAGGAUGUGCGCCACGCUGGGGAUCCUCCUCCUCCUCCUCCUGGUGCGGGCAGGAGUCGGCCAAGUGAGAGACGAGGAUGAUUUCCUGAGUCUGAGCGAGCUUCCUGAAACGUUCCCCUCUGACCCCCCAGAGCCCUUACCUCACUUUCUGUUUGAACCGGAGGAAGGCUAUAUAGUCAAGAACAAGCCUGUUAAUCUCUACUGCAAGGCUACGCCUGCUACACAGAUUUACUUCAAGUGUAACAGUGAGUGGGUCCAUCAGAAGGAUCACACUGUGGAAGAAAGAGUGGAUGAAAACUCAGGUCUGGUGGUGAGAGAAGCCAGUAUUGAAAUUACUCGGCAGCAGGUGGAGGAGCUUUUCGGUCCGGAGGAUUACUGGUGUCAGUGUGUGGCCUGGAGCUCCGCUGGAACCACCAAAAGCCGCAAAGCACAUGUUCGGAUCGCAUAUCUGAAGAAGUCGUUUGAACAGGAACCACUAGGAAAAGAAGUGUCUCUGGAGCAGGAAGUGCUGUUACAGUGUCGCCCUCCGGAGGGAAUUCCAGCUGCUGAGGUGGAAUGGUUAAAGAACGAAGAGAUAAUUGACCCAGCAGAGGACAGAAACUUCUAUAUCACCAUCGAUCACAAUUUGAUUAUCAAACAGGCGCGUCUGUCUGACACAGCCAACUACACAUGCGUGGCCAAGAAUAUAGUAGCCAAAAGACGCAGCACCACAGCUACGGUUAUUGUUUAUGUGAAUGGUGGUUGGUCAACAUGGACUGAGUGGUCUGCAUGUAACAGCCGUUGUGGGCGGGGUUUUCAGAAACGUACAAGGAGCUUGCACCAAUCCGCUCCAUUAAACGGCGGGCUCCCCUGUGAUGGACAGGCCAUCCAGAAACUAUCUUGCACCACACUGUGCACUGUGGAUGGUGUGUGGACCGAGUGGAGUAAGUGGUCAGCCUGUGGGACAGAGUGCACCCAGUGGAGGAGGAGGGAGUGCAACAACCCAGCCCCGAAAAAUGGUGGAAAGGAUUGUGAGGGCCUAGUGCUUCAGUCUCAGAACUGCACUGAUGGACUCUGCAUGCAAACGGCUCCCAGUACGGAUGACGCGGCGCUGUAUGUGGGUGUUGCCAUCGCAGUGAUUAUGUGCCUGGUCAUUUCUGUCAUUGUGGCACUUUUCGUCUACCGCAAGACGCACCGUGACUUCGACUCAGACAUCAUUGACACCUCUGCACUAAAUGGUGGAUUCCAGUCUGUGAACAUCAAAACAACCAGAUCAGCUGAUCUAUUGACGUCUCCUCCUGACUUGACCAAUGCAGCCGCCAUGUAUCGUGGUCCGGUGUACGCUUUCCAUGAGGUAUCUGAUAAAAUCCCGAUGACCAACUCCCCUCUUUUAGAUCCACUUCCCAACUUGAAGAUAAAAGUCUACAACUCCUCUGGUCUGGUCACACCACAGGAUGACCUCGGAGGAGAUUUCACUUCUAAAUUGUCACCUAAGGUAACGCAGUCAUUAUUGGACAACAGUGACACCGUAAAUCUUCGCAACCAAAGCUUGGCCCGGACACGAGACCCUUCCUGUACUGCUCAUGGAUCAUUCAACAACCAGGGAGGGCACCUGAUUGUCCCCAACUCUGGUGUGAGUUUGUUAGUUCCAGCAGGCGCUGUUCCUCAGGGGCGAGUUUAUGAGAUGUAUGUGACUGUGCACAGGAAGGACAGCUUGAGACCUCCAGUAGAGGACAUCCAGACAGUGUUGAGUCCAGUGGUGAGCUGUGGUCCUGCAGGAGCCCUGCUGACCAGACCAGUGAUCCUCACCAUCCACCACUGUGCCAACCAAGUCCAGGAUGACUGGCUCAUACAGCUUAGGAACCAGCUGGCUAUGGGAGAGUGGGAGGAUGUGGUGGUGGUUGGAGAGGAGAACUUCACCACCCCCUGCUAUGUGCAGAUGGGUUCAGAAGCAUGUCACAUCCUAACAGAGACCCUGGGGACUUACUGCCUUGUUGGCCAGUCGCUCGGCAAAGCAGCAGCCAAACGGCUCAAACUGGCUGUUUUUGGACCAGUCUCCUGUACAACUUUGGACUACCACAUCAGGGUGUAUUGUCUGGAUGACACACAGGAUGCACUCAAGGAGGUUCUUCAGAUGGAGACACAGAUGGGAGGGAAGCUUCUGGAUGAGCCAAAGACUCUGAACUUUAAAGACAGCACACAUAAUCUCAGACUAUCUAUCCAUGACGUACCACACACACACUGGAAAAGCAAACUGAUUGCCAAAUAUCAGGAGAUCCCGUUUUAUCAGGUUUGGAGUGGCAGCCAGAGAAGUCUUCACUGUACCUUCACCCUGGAGAGACUGAGCUCAGCUAUCACAGAGAUCAGCUGCAAGCUGUGUGUACGGCAGGUGGAAGGAGAAGGACAGAUCUUUCAGCUCAGCAGCACAUUGGAGGAGGAACUUCAGUGUAUAGACACGUCCCUGAUGGAUCCAGCCAGUAGUAUUACGACCUUAGUGGGGCCCAAUGCCUUCCGCAUUCCCCUGUCCAUUAGACAGAAGCUGUGUGGCAGUCUGGAUUCUCCGCAGACUAGAGGCAACGACUGGAGGAUGCUCGCCCACAAACUCAACCUUGACAGGUACCUGAACUAUUUUGCCACCAAGUCCAGUCCAACUGGAGUGAUCCUGGAUCUGUGGGAGGCUCAGCACUUCCCUGACGGAGACCUCAAUGAGCUGGCUGCCGUACUGGAAGAGAUGGGUCGUCAUGAUGGCAACUUCACCUCCAUGACAACAGAACACUGACGGAGCAAUGUGGUUACCUUGACAACGACAGAAAUUGGAGAUGAUUACAUGCAAAUUCUCUAUGGUUGAUACUGCUGCAGGGGUAAUGAACAAAUUGGAUGUGAGGAAAAGAAAAGUUGUCAUCAUGGCGAUUGAGCACUGGAUAACAUCAUGGUAAUCAGCCAGCAUGGUAACAGACUGAACAAGGAUGACGGUGCUCUGACUGUGUGUGCUUAUGUGAGAAGCUACAGCGUCACGCGUCUUGUCACACAUACCGUCUAUCAGGAACUAAAGAAUCCACACCUGAAAUAAAAAAGCUCUCAUCUGGUGAUACAAGUUGUUGUGCUGUUACUUUACAGCUCAGAGAGAAGAAAAAGGGAGCAGUGGAGGUCAUGACCUUGCAGACCUCCGUAGGAGUGGAA